AGAAAAAGGAAUUAAGAAAGCGACCAUGAGCCACCAUAGCUCCACCACCGCCCAAGACGUCCUUGUUGCCAUCAUCUGCAUCGCUCUCCUCAUCCUCUCUGUCAUCCUCUUCAUCCUCUGCAAGAAGCGCCACGCCGUCGACACCGACGACACCAUCCUUCCCGCUGCACUGCAUGCCCAGUCCCUUCCACUAAGCGAAAUCGAGGCCGCCACCGAUGGAUUCCAUCGGUCCCGAAUCGUCGGCAAAGGCCACCUUGGGACCGUCUACAAGGCCAUCUCGGCGACCGGCGACGUCUUCGCCGUGAAACGCAUCCACCCCCACCUUGUCCUCGGCAACCCAGGCGUCAGCUUCUCCUCCAGGAUCCGGUCGCUCUCCCUUGCCAACCAUCCUAACGUUGUCCCCAUCAUAGGUUUCUCCGAGGCACCGGGCGAGCGGGUCAUCAUCUCCGAGUUUGUGGGUAUGAAGAGCCUCGAGUACCACUUGCGUGGGAUGACCGGCGACGGCUUGCCGCCACCGGAGCCGUUAAACUGGGGGAUUCGGAUAAGGAUUGCGGCAGGGGUAGCACGGGGCGUCGAGCACCUGCAUGAAGGGAAUGCACCUGGCGUCGUGCAUGGGUGCAUCAAGCCUAGCAACGUUAUGAUUGAUACCAACUUUGGUGCUGGAGUUUGCGACUAUGGGCUCUCUUUUUUAAUGGGGCCUGAGGAGAGGAGGGGGAUGGUGGGGUAUGUGGAUGGGGAGGGGUGUGUGUGCAAAGAGAAUGAUGUGUAUGCAUUUGGGGUGGUGUUACUGGAACUUUUGAGUGGCAGGAGGAGUGAAGGGGGAAUGGUGGUUGCUUGGGCUUUGCCUUUGAUAAGGGAAGGAAAGGUUGGGGAGGUGUUGGACAAGAAACUAAGUGUGCCGAUGGACAUGAAGCCUUUGGCAAGGAUGGCGAAGGUGGCGUCGGCGUGCGUUGGUAAUGGGAGGAAGAAUAGGCCUUCGAUGUCUCAUGUGGCGGCCAUUUUGAGCAGCUUGGAAGAGUAUCCUUAUGUUUGAAAGUAGGGAGAUUUUUUAGGGAAGUGGGACGAAUGGCCAUGGUUUGAUAAUAUCCUCUUUUGUUUGGGUCUGAACCAGAGUGAGACGGUCAUGCAACGUAAGUCUUCCCAUCAUUUCCUGGAUGAUACAAAUUUGUGGAAAUCCAUUGUACUGUAACCAUGGUUGGGGGAUGCGAAAUGGUCAUUGUUGAGAUGAUCAUGCCAUAAACACCAGUUUUAAAGCUGUCGAUGUUAAGCA